AUGAAAGGAUUUGAAGAUGCUCACAUUGUAAAAGAGAAGUUUCGAGGAGAUAUUCAAAUGGAUUGCAUUGUAAAGGGGACUGAUGGAGGAGUUUUGCUCACCAAGGAUGGGCACAAAGAGGUAGCUGAUGUGGCACUACAGCUGGAAAAAUAUUGCGUAGACGAGCCUGUUAAAUGCCCUCUUAUAUUUGGAGAGUGGGAUGUUGUGUACUGCUCAAGGCCAACAUCACCUGGCGGAGGUUACCGGAGUGCUUUUGGACGCCUUGUCUUCAAAACAAAUGAAAUGGUGCAAGUUGUGGAAGCCCCAGAUACUGUGAGAAAUAUGGUGUCAUUCUCUGCCUUUGGUUUCCUUGAUGGAGAAGUAUCCUUGAAAGGUAAACUGAAAGUAUUGGAUGAUAAAUGGAUUCAAGUCAUAUUUUUACCCCCUAAACUCAAGAUCGGCUCCCUGGGGUUUCAGUAUGGCGGUGAGAGUGAGGUAAAGUUGCAAAUAACCUACAUCGAUGAGAAACUCAGACUAGGGAAGGGUUCAAGAGGAACUGAUCCAAAUGUUCUCCAUGAUGCCAUGGAUAUUGUAAAGCAGCUAACCUUUUUAGAUAUGUUGUCCUAUGGCUUAUAUCAUGCAGCAUAA